UGUUGCCAUGUUCCCACUUUCAUGGGUGUGGUGAUUAGCUUGGUUGGUGAAAAUUUUCUUUUAGUCAAAUCUGACCCGAGUCGCGCUCGUUCCGGAGCCUUUACAGCGGUGAAAUCGAGUUAAAAGGAGCGCGGCUGCCCCCGGGCUUCGUCUCACAGCUGGGACCAUGGCUGCCGUGUGAAAACAGGAGCGGUUUGUGAGGACGCGCAGAGCCCGAGAGAAGCAGCCUGUUUCAGGUGUCAACUGGUAAAAACGCGUGAGUGUGUGGGUGCGUUUGAGUGAGUGAGUGAGUGAGUGCGUGUGUGUGUGUGUGUGUGUGAUUGCGCGCGUGUGGGCACGUGUGUUUUCCCAGGCCAGUCGGUAUUUGGAGCAGAGUGUGACCUGAACACACCACAGAGGGACAAUGAGUGAGCUGGAACAGUUGCGGCAGGAAGCCGAGCAACUACGCAAUCAGAUCCGGGAUGCCAGGAAAGCCUGCAGCGACUCCACUCUGUCACAGAUCACAGCUGGUCUGGACUCAGUGGGCCGGAUACAGAUGCGGACACGACGCACUCUCAGGGGCCACCUGGCCAAGAUCUAUGCUAUGCACUGGGGAAGCGACUCCAGUGACGGCAGUCCCAGGUUACUCGUCAGUGCCUCGCAGGAUGGAAAGCUUAUCAUCUGGGACAGCUACACAACAAAUAAGAUGCAUGCCAUCCCACUGCGCUCCUCCUGGGUGAUGACAUGCGCCUACGCCCCCUCCGGGAACUAUGUGGCCUGUGGAGGCCUGGACAACAUAUGCUCUAUAUACAGCCUGAAGACCCGUGAAGGCAAUGUGCGCGUUACCCGAGAGCUGCCUGGACACACAGGUUAUUUGUCCUGCUGUCGUUUCUUGGAUGACAACCAGAUACUGACCAGCUCUGGAGACACCACCUGUGCAUUGUGGGACAUAGAGACAGGCCAGCAGGCUACCGUCUUCACUGGCCACACAGGAGACGUGAUGAGUUUGUCUCUCAGCCCUGACUACAAGACCUUUGUGUCAGGUGCCUGUGAUGCCACCUCCAAGCUGUGGGACAUCCGUGAUGGCAUGUGCAGGCAGUCCUUCACUGGCCACGUGUCCGACAUCAACGCCGUCACCUUUUUCCCCAAUGGAAACGCCUUUGGCACAGGCUCAGAUGAUGCCACCUGCAGGCUGUUCGACCUGCGUGCCGACCAGGAGCUGAUGAUGUACAGCCAUGACAACAUCAUCUGCGGGAUCACCUCUGUGGCUUUCUCCAAGAGCGGCCGUCUGCUCCUGGCCGGCUACGAUGACUUCAACUGCAAUGUCUGGGACACUCUGAAAGGCGAGCGCGCAGGUGUGUUGGCGGGCCACGACAACAGAGUGAGCUGUUUAGGGGUGACAGAAGAUGGCAUGGCUGUAGCCACCGGCUCCUGGGACAGUUUCCUCCGGAUCUGGAACUAAAACAAACCUCCACCCCCCCGCCACACCCAAUCACUGCCUGCCAACCUCCACCUUGCAACCCCCCCCCCACCACCACCACACGAUAUCCCCAACUCAUCUGCUGGGCUGGACCUGAGGGGUGCACACUGUGUCAGCCAAAAUCCUCUUCAUUCACCCCCAGUUCUCGUCUCUCCUGCCCACCUGAGAGAGAGUACUGACUCUUUCUACCUUUCCAAGUGAUUUUCUUUUUUGCCCAGCUACACACACAAAAAUAAGAACCGUCCAGUAGAGUUGUCCAAUCAAAACUAAAGUAAAAGUUACAAAAAACUGAAGGAGAAAAAGUAGAAGAUUUCGUCCUUCUAGAGAGGGCGUCUGUUACAAUGACCAACAACAAAUGCGAUGACUGUCGGUGUGUAAUAUGUAAAUGUAUAUAUAAAGACAGUAUAUAUGUAUAGCAUUAUGUGUGUAUAUAUGCAUCAUAUAUGCAUAUAUAAUGUGUAUGUAUAUAUUUUUGUAGUUUAUUUCCCACCCUUGAGUUUUUUAAAUAUAAUUUUGGGGGUUUUAUGUUUUGUUUCAAAUGCACUUAUUGACAUUACUACACAUCAAAAUGCCAGAAACAUUUAUUUUGUCCCAUGUGACUUUCAAACCAGUUCGACAUAGCAACGGAUCAUAAUUUGACCUAAAAAGUCUCCUUUACAUUUUCUGAAUUUUCUGGCAUUUGCUGUCAGUGAACCUCACUCAUCCAGCAACAAAACAAAAAAAAGCAAAUGACAAGCAAACAAAACAAUUUUCAAAAACAAUAAUUUGGCUCCGCUCAACUCACUUUCCUCAUUUAUAUGUGUAUUAUGGUCACAGGCAGUGGGCAUAACUCGUGCAUCCUGCACCUCUAAAUGUUGCUUUCAUGUGAAUGAUGACUGUGAUGGCAUUCUUUUCUUUUUUUAUUUGUUUUUUGACAACACGACCCCGAGCAUUCCUCACCACAGACUUUUAUUUUGGAAGGAAACUGUCACACUGCUGUGGUUGUGAUUAUAGAGACGGAGCUUAAAACCAACAAGCUUUGUUUUAAGGUUUUUAGUUUGAAUUCAGCUUUAGCUCCAAACUAGAGACCAGUGAAUUUUAGGCUAAAAUAAGAAAAUGUUAUUCUAUCAGAAGUCCUGCUUUGGCCUCGACCUGAGAGGAUUUCAAAUCAUCAGAUGCUGAAUAUCUGAAGACCACAGCCAUUCCAUGCAAACUGCUGUGAAAUGAUCAACAACCCAAUAAUGCUCCUAAACAUCAUCUGCAUCGUGUCUCUUGUAGCCCACUGAAUCUACACUUAUCCUAUAAUUUGGCAUGAGCAUCUCAAGUCGCCCAUACAAAUGACACUGUGGAGAGAGAUGUGUUCUCCCUGAGCAGACGCUGCUCUCUACUUGUGUAUGGACUAACAAACGGAGAAUGCUCAGUCGCCAUGUGAGGAUAUGAAAAGACGAUUAACGGACAGCAGUGACUCUGUCAGAGGCCUCUGAGGACCAGAGAACAGAAGAAGAGUGAGAAACCUGUCUGUCAGUGCUGACCACGUCAUUUUUCUUUUUCUUUCCUAAAUGAAGGAUCAAUGUGUCCUUUUUGUUGUUAACAAGGUGUGAACUGAGUGACUGCAUGGGACUGAAAUCAUGUUAGCCACUCCAAAAAACACAUCAGUGCCACCACAAGCCUGUAAAAAAAAAAAAAAAAUAGAAAAACAAACAAAAAAAUUGAAGGGUUUAACACUCAGCAAUUUAUUUUUCGUCACCAAAAACACGUUAUGAACUGUUAGAUAUUGCUAGUGAAGAAAGUACACUUGGUAGACAGACAUGUACAUUUAAUAGCGAGCUAGAGAUGCACUCACAAACUGUAGUACAAACGUAUACCAUGGAGCACGUGACUUAUUUACCCAUAGAGAUAGUAGUUCUGAUUUGAGUAUUUGCUCAUCAGGCAUCUUCCAUUAUUUUGGUUCUUCUAAUCUAAAGGCUUCAUUUUUUUUGAAUAGAUUAAAACAAAUAAUGUGCGUGAGUUGGACCUAUCCAUCAGCUGUCUCAGGUGCCUAUCUCUGAAUAUUAACAUUGGACCCACAUGCGCCGGGUAAAGAAGGGGCUUGUGCUCCUUUUGAGAUGUGGCACUUUAGUGUCUCCAUCCUGCCUUACGAUACCAUUCAUAAAAGAAGGUAAUGCGUGCAUCGACAACUGUAAUGUUCUCCUCUUGCUAUUCCUUUUUACACACUGAUCAACAAGAAGAUUGCUAUUUCUCGUUCUUUUCCCGAUAGAAGCACAUUCUGAUACUAGUGAACACUAAAAGCAUGCUUACGGUAAACCACAUGCAGCGCCAUACUGCUUCUUAUAGCAAGUGUUUUACAUCACUUUUUAUACAAUUCUGUUUUCUACUACUACCGUACAGUUUGUAGUAUUUAUCAGCUGUUAAUGAAACCCCCUAUUUGGCGAACCGUGUUUUUUUUUUUUUUUAAGUUUGAGCUGCUUCUACCCGGCUUCGCAUUAAAGGAAUCCAUUUGGAGAGAAUUUAAAAAUAACAGUUCUAGUUUUAAGCCUGACAAUAUCUUCGAGGUGUGUAGGAUGAGAUAUGUAUCACAUAUCAGUGUGGAGGUGUGUGUGUGUGUGGGGGAGGGAAGGGAGGGGGUCGAUUUGCUGAUGUAUGUGGAUAACAUAUAGAUCUAAGUGUUACUUCCUCAUUUUGUGCCAAUGUUAUCCACAGACCCUGAGCUGUGAACUAGUCAAUGUGACAAAAAAGAAAAAACAGAACAUGUUUGCUCACUUUACUCAAGUGCCAGCCUUCUCCAUAUCCACCAAUUAAAAAUCACACGUCUGAUUUUCUAAUGUUCUACGAUCAAAGAGUUGGACUGCUUAUAUCUGAAGAUGGCUUUUUGUAUCCCAAAAUGUUAUUGAGUUGCUUCUCAGACUCCAGUUUCUAUUUCAGUCAGUGGACAUCAGAUGUUCAUGUGUUCUCAGACGAGGUGACACAAUGGCGGACUGACAGUUUGUACUUAAAGGGAUAGUUUGACGCUUUGGGAAAUGUCUCAUCAAAACUGUCUGCUUGAUGAGAUCCUGACAGCUCUCGUAUAUAUCUGUGAAGAAUUAGGUACAAAGGGUUGUACAAAGAUUUUAAUUAUGUGAAGUUUGUUUCACUUUUACACAACAUGGGAACAAAAACUCGGACCAACGUUUGGCCUAUACGUUUAAAUAUUUGUACGUCAAUUUCUCAAACAGCAGUUCCUGUUGGCAGAGUACUCAUGUACGUGCAGACAUCUGAAUUAUUUGAUAAAAAGAAAACUAAAAUGUGAUAAUUCUCAAUCAAGUUCUGAAGCAUCUUUUUUCUUUGAGUGCGUUAAUGAACAUUUAUUUGGGAUAGACAUCGGAGAUAAUUGUAUCCAUAUAAAGUUUAACUUACACAAAAUCUAAAAAUGUGUCUGUUCAUAUUUGUUUCUUCACGCCAGUUUAGCUUCACUUUUUAUUGGCAGAAAAAGCACCCCAGAUUAUUAUUAUAAUCCCAAAAAUAAAUCUAAAUUUUUUUACUCACGAAAGUUGUUUAUGCUAACGAUUAGUGAAUUCGGGAGCUAGUAGGCACUUUUAAGAGCAAAAUUAGCUUAGACUAUCUAGUCUUUGUGCUAAACUGAGCUAAGCUGGUCAGUAGCGUGGUUUACAGGAAAACAUUACUCACCUCUCAUCAAUGCCAGAAAGUGAAUCUCCCAUUGUGUUCAACUAUUCCUCUAAAGUCUCUGUAGUUUUACUUUCAGAUUCCGUCAUUAACUGUGAACUUCACAAAAAAAAUCACCAUAGCCCUUACCAGGUAAACAAGGGGAUCGUCUGCAUACGGACAGUGAUGUUCAGCCAUGUCCUCGCUGUGUGUGUGUGUGUGUGUGUGUGUAUUUCAGCAGUAUUAGCAGCUGGAACCUGGGAUAGUAAGAUAACACUUUGUGCCUGUGCAGUUCACUCAUCUUAAGCAGUGCAGUAGACUCAUUCAUUAAAAAAGAGGUGCUUGGCUUCAUUUAUUAUCACACGAGUGUUGUAUUGACCUGGUUCAGACCCAUCACUCCUCCACUGAUCCGGAGCUGUCUGACGUUGCAACAUGUGUCAACACUUCAAUGCAUUUAAGGUCUGAAGCACCACAACCUGAAUCUGUGACUUGUUUUAAUCCUCGUAACUUUAAAGCGUGUCUGGCUGUAGUGUUUUAGGUGAUUUUUAGCGAGUCGCCCACAGUGCCAACGUUUAACGUGAAAGAUGAGAUGUGAAGUUGUCUUUGCUGCACAGGUUCAGGCAGUAUUUUUAAAGACUAUUUACAUUAUCCUCAGAUUUAACAGCUGAAUAUGAAAAAAAUAUAUAGUUUUGAGUUUUACUGCAUAAAUUGUCAAUAUUGUAGGAAAAAAAAUCUUUGGACACCUCACCACUUGAAUCGGUUGCACCACAUAACCACAGCACCAUCACCAAAAUAAUGCACUGCCCUUUGACUCUACAACCCACUGUUCUGACUUUUUCUUUUUUUGAUUUUCUUUUAAUUUAUUGUUUCAUGUUUUAAGCCAGUAAAGACCAGGGACUUGGUGCCAUGAUACUUCUCUUACAGUGCUAUUGUGUGAAAUUAUAAUCACUUGUUAUGGAAUAAUUUUUAUAGUCUUUUUCACACCAGACCUUUUUUUUGUAUUUGUACAGUGGCUUGGUUAUACUGAUAUGUUGCCAUGAGUUAUUGUAACCAAUAAAAAAAAGCUUUUAACCAAGA